GUGGUCAUAGCGCCUUCUCGAUGAUUCCAAUCGUCGAGCGACCCAAAUUUUUAGAGGCAUCGAACAUCUGCGACCACUCUUCUCCGCAUCCUCCUCUUCACCCACACUAUUCCUGGUUAUCUUGCAUAAAGCUGGAGUCUAGGAGCAACAUUUGAGAUUCCUUUUUCUCUACUCACACAUUCCAAUUCCGUCAUAAUGCAAAGAGCUUUCGCAUCGCGGGCGCGGACUUCGGCCCUCAACUCGAGCUCUAAGCUCCGGUCCACCAGCUACAACCUCCAGCAGCAGAGGUUUGCGCACAAGGAGCUCAAGUUCGGCGUCGAGGCACGAGCAGGACUAUUGAAGGGUGUCGACACACUUGCAAAGGCUGUAUCAACAACACUGGGUCCCAAGGGUCGCAAUGUAUUGAUUGAGUCGAGCUACGGCUCCCCCAAGAUCACCAAGGAUGGUGUAACAGUCGCAAAGGCUAUUACCCUCCAAGACAAGUUCGAGAACCUCGGAGCCCGCCUGCUCCAGGACGUCGCCUCCAAGACCAACGAGGCCGCCGGUGACGGUACCACCACUGCCACCGUCCUUGCCCGCGCCAUCUUCUCCGAGACCGUUAAGAACGUUGCCGCCGGAUGCAACCCCAUGGACCUGAGGCGGGGUACCCAGGCCGCUGUCGAGGCUGUCGUUGAGUACCUCAGGGCGAACAAGCGGGAUAUCACCACCAGCGAGGAGAUUGCGCAGGUUGCCACCAUCUCUGCCAACGGCGACACACACAUUGGCAAGCUUCUGUCCAACGCUAUGGAGAAGGUCGGAAAGGAGGGUGUUAUCACUGUCAAGGAGGGCAAGACCACUGAGGAUGAGCUUGAGGUUACUGAGGGUAUGAAGUUCGACCGUGGAUACAUCUCCCCCUACUUCAUCACCGACACCAAGACCGCCAAGGUCGAGUUCGAGAAGCCUCUCAUCCUCCUCUCCGAGAAGAAGAUCUCCGCCGUUCAGGACAUCGUCCCCGCGCUCGAGGCCUCCCAGCAGCUCCGCCGUCCCCUUGUCAUCAUUGCUGAGGACAUUGACGGUGAGGCGCUGGCCGUCUGCAUUCUCAACAAGCUCCGUGGUCAGCUUCAGGUUGCUGCUGUCAAGGCUCCCGGCUUCGGUGACAACCGCAAGUCCAUCCUUGGCGAUCUCGCUGUCCUGACCAACGGAACUGUCUUCAGCGACGACCUCGACAUCAAGCUCGAGAAGGCUACCCCCGACAUGCUCGGUUCCACCGGAUCUAUCACCAUCACCAAGGAGGACACCGUCAUCCUUAACGGCGAGGGCAGCAAGGACCAGGUUUCCCAGCGCUGUGAGCAGAUCCGUGGCGUCAUCAAUGACGCUACCACUUCCGAGUACGAGAAGGAGAAGCUCCAGGAGCGCCUGGCCAAGCUCUCUGGUGGUGUUGCCGUCAUCAAGGUCGGUGGCUCUUCCGAGGUUGAGGUCGGUGAGAAGAAGGACCGCAUUGUCGAUGCUCUGAACGCUACCCGUGCCGCCGUUGAGGAAGGUAUCCUGCCCGGUGGUGGUACUGGUCUCCUCAAGGCCUCCGCCAACGCUCUCGGUAACGUCAAGGCUGCCAACUUCGACCAGCAGCUCGGUAUCACCAUCGUCAAGAACGCCAUCACCCACCCCGCCCGCAAGAUCGUCGAGAAUGCUGGCGCCGAGGGCUCCGUUAUCGUUGGCAAGCUCAUUGACGAGUACAAGGGUGACUUCAACAAGGGUUUCAACAGCGCCAAGGGCGAGUACGUUGACAUGAUUGCUGCUGGUAUCCUUGAUCCCUUCAAGGUUGUCCGCACCGCUCUCGUUGACGCCAGCGGUGUUGCUUCACUCCUCGGAACUACUGAGGUCGCUAUCGUCGAGGCACCCGAGGAGAAGUCCGGUCCUCCAGGCGGCAUGCCUGGCGGUAUGGGUGGUAUGGGAGGCAUGGGCGGAAUGGGCUUCUAAACAAGUGAAGUCUAGCCGUCUGUUUUCUUCUUCUUAUACCCCCAUUCUGUUAUAACGACUUUAGUCUUAUGCCUUUCCCAGCGAUGAUUUAUGUACACGAUAUUAGGUUGGUCU